AUGUUUAUGUUUCGAAGACAGGCUUCUGCCGAAGGUGGCGGCCGACUGAGUCGUGAGAUACACGAGAUAGUCUCCAUUCCACAGAGCCGUGUUCCUCCGCGGGCAGCUCUUGUCAGAUCCAUUGUCGGCUGGUCAGAGGUAGCCGGCGAAACUCUGCUCCCCGAAGGCGAGAACCCAGAAAAGCUGGACUCUGAUUUAGAUGACCGAUGA